GGAUGUGGAAGAGGGGCACUUGGACUACGAAAACAUGUUUUGUAUGAUCGCCGGCACAUCCACUUGCGAUAUGAUAUCAACGCGUCAGAGGUUUUUCACGCAAGGCGUUUGGGGCCCGUAUUUCGACGCGAUUUUCCCCAAUUAUUACGUGCGAGAGGCCGGACAGAGCACGACUGGCAUACUCGUCGAGCAUGUCAUCAAAAAUAAUGCCCAAUUCAGUGAUAAAUAUAAAGACAAAUCCAUGAAUGAUAUCAUUAAAGAGCUGAACGAACAGAUAUUACAGAAAAAGGCUUUUAUCAAUCGAUUGAAUGUCAACCCAUGCUUUCACGGCUCCCGACUAUUGGCGAAUCCAUACAUGAGAGGCGGUUUCUACGGCUUGACAAUGGAAGGCACCAGUAUUUUGGACAGUUACCAUGCUACCAUCGAGGCACUGGCUUACGAGACAAAAAUCCCCGAUUUGAAAGUAGUGUUUAUUAGUGGAGGACUGGCCAAGAAUGAGGUGUAUAUGCAGGUGCACGCGGAUGUACUCAAUAUACAGGUCAUAACCUAUGCCAUGGGUGAUGCAGAUCUAAUGCUUGUGGGCGCUGGUAUCCUCGCCUAUCACUCGAUGGCUAAACAAAGUUUAAGCACAAAAAUUAUUGGUUAUCCAAAUCUAAAGGGAAAACGUUAUACACCGACUAAAGAGCUGCGAAAUUAUCACGAACUCAAAUACAAGUGCUUUAGAGAGAUGUUGGAGAGCGCGACCAGAAUAGAGGAUAUAAUGAAAGGAAUUCAUAUAAAUAAGUGAUAUUUUUAUUUUGCUUU